AUGGCAUCCACAGGUGGCCUAACUCGACGCCGCGGCGCCGGCGGUGGGGACGCGGGCGGCGAAGGCGGCAGCAACGGGGCUAGCCGCAACAACAGCUCCAGCAACUUCCGCGACAGCGCCCCUGAGACGAGCUACGAGAGCACCGAGAACGGCCAUAAGAUCGCCUUCGACCCCCGCGACAUCAGCGAGAGCGCCGAACGGAGCAAGCAGCCCAAGCUGACCCUCAUGGAAGAGGUCCUCCUCCUGGGCCUCAAAGACAAGCAGGGCUACCUCUCGUUUUGGAACGAUAACAUCUCGUACGCAUUGAGAGGCUGCAUCGUUCUCGAACUCGCCUUCCGUGGUCGCGUCAGCAUGCAGAAGGAUCCCUCGCGGCGACGAUUCCCUCUUGCAGACCGCCUCAUUGAGGUCAUCGACGACACCCUCACCGGCGAAGUCCUCCUGGACGAGGCCCUUAAGAUGAUGAAGCAGAGCGAGAAGAUGAGCGUCAGCGACUGGAUCGACCUGAUGAGCGGCGAGACAUGGAACUUGAUGAAGAUCGGCUAUCAACUAAAGCAGGUCCGCGAGCGACUUGCCAAAGGUCUUGUGGAUAAGGGCAUCCUCCGUACCGAAAAGCGCAAUUUCCUUCUUUUUGACAUGGCAACCCACCCCGUCGCCGACGGCGGCGCAAAGGACGAGAUACGCCGUCGGGUUCGCAACGUCCUCACCCAGCGCACCGUCGUCCUCCCAUCGUCCCAGUUCCUGCCCGAGGCUCUCGACUUCCGUUGCCUCCGCACUGUCUCCAUGGUCUGCGCAGCCUACGCUGCCAACGUGCUCGAGAACGCCCUCAGUACUCUCGGACACGAGGCGCGCGAGCGCGCCUUUGCACAGACGGACGAUUUGCUCGCCGAUUACAGCCAGUGGCCCUUUGGCAAGAAGGCCGUCGGGAACGGUAUCGGAGCUAACCUGCCGCAGCUCAUAAACGAGGAAGUAAACAACAACAAAGAUAAGGAGCUGCAACUCGAGGUCGUCGCUGCCUGUCUCAGCGUUUUCACGAGGCUCGAUUCUCUGCUAUAA